AUGUUCCCCAACCAAUUCGGGCAGAGGAUGUCGGAUCGAUCCCCGGUAGAGGCAUCGUCCAGUGAUGGAGGAUAUGCAACAGCAGGGAAUGGUGGUGGUAGUACUGAUGGUAGUGAGGCUUCCGAUAAGCAGCCAACUACUGAGAGAUGGAACUCAGUAUCAACAACGUCGGAUGGUGUCCAGCGUCGUGGCAAUCCCCAAGCCAUCACUAAUACCAGUAUUGGAGGGGAUGAGCUGGUCUCGACUCCAUAUGAUGACUAUGCUGCAGUAGGAGGGCCCUCGAGUGGUAUGAUGAUGCCACCUAUGAAUGUGGAUGCUGUUAUCGUGAGAGAGCAGGACAUAAGGGAUCAAACACGGCGACAGGUUAUUGCGGAACUAUCACAGUUUGCGUCGGCGAUCAGGACAGAAGGUACACCAAUCACCAUCAAUAACAUGCAUCAGAGCUCGACCAAUACUAUGAUGAAUUCUAACACUGAUAAUGAUGCUGGUCGGAUGCCACCGAAGAGCUCUAUUGAGAUUCUCGCAGAUUCCAUCAACAGGUUUUUUGAAAGUCCUUUUAAUAAAGCUUGUUUUCUUGGUAUCACCAGCGUCAGCCUGUAUUUGGUGUAUGGGUAUUAUACACACAAGUGGAGGGAGGAAGAGAUGCAACGCAAGAUUGAUGCGAAUUUCUUGUUGAGGGCAACGCAGUGGGCGUUUAACGAGGAUGUUAGACAUGAACGACCCUUCUUUGGUGGGGCUUUUUUCAACCAUCAAAAGUGAUAAUAAUACCACUACUGAUACCGCACUGUGUCUACUUAUGCUACCAUUUCAUAUAUUCUGUAUCAAUCGAGGGAGAGGUGUAGUGAUGAUGACUAUUAUGCAUUGC